AAGGGCUACACCAACGUCGUCACAUCGACGUCAACACCAGGGCCGUCGCCCGUCAACACGCCUGGGGCCGGGUCUGGGCCUGGGCCCUCGUCGUCGUCGGGGGGCACGCAGCCGAUCUCGAUGCUGAGUGCCGCGCAUGCGUCCAAGGCUGGCACCGACUCGCUGCCCGUGUCGACGCCGGCGUCGGGCGGCAGUGGCGACCAGAUGAGCACGAGCUACGAGCCGAGCUCGAUGAACGAGAGCGUCAUGACCGAGGACGAGGAGGAUUUCGAGGACUACACAAAGGGCGGCUACCACCCCGUCCAUGUCGGCGACGUCUUUUCCGACGGCCGCUACCUCAUCGUCCGCAAGCUGGGCUGGGGCCACUUUUCGACCGUGUGGCUGGCGCGGGACCAAAAGGCGCACCGCCACGUCGCACUCAAGGUCGUCAAGUCAGCCCCUCACUACACCGAGACGGCUCUCGACGAGAUCAAGCUGCUGCAGCGCCUCGUGGCGGCCAACCCGCACCACGCGGGCCGCCGCCACUGCGUCUCGCUCCUCGACCACUUCAAGCACAAGGGCCCCAAUGGCUCCCACGUCUGCAUGGUCUUCGAGGUGCUGGGCGAGAACCUGCUGGGGCUGAUCAAGCGCUACCAGCACCGCGGGGUGCCGCCGCACAUUGUCAAGCAGAUUGCCAAGCAGGUCCUCCUGGGACUCGACUACAUGCACCGCGAGUGUGGCAUCAUCCACACCGACCUCAAGCCCGAGAAUGUGCUCAUCUGCAUCGACGAUGUCGAAUCCGUCGUCGAGGCCGAGCUGCGCACCAACCCGGCUGCUGUGCCGACGAAGCUUGUCGGUGUGCCGCCCAGCCAAGGGCGUGGAGGUACGCAGACACCCAAGCGCGGUGAUGGCAUCUUCAUCACGGGCUCCCAGCCCCUGCCGAGUCCGAGCAGCAGCCUGGGCUCGAGCCCGAUGUUUGACAAGUGGGCCUUUGCCAUGUCCAAGAUCGACAAGGCGACGAGCAGCAGCGCCUUUGGCUCCGGCAGCGAGGCUGGCGGGCCCAAGAGCGACGACUCGGCCGGGCCCACGUCGGCCGCCUCCAGCAGGGGCCCGCCAGCAGACCGGGCCGGCACUGCCGACGCCAUUGGCCAGGGCCUUGCUCAGAUGAGCACCACUGGCGGCUCGUCGUCGUCCGAGCAGGCACCCUCCUUUGGCAGCAAGACGGCGCCCCAUAUCGCACACCCAAAGGGCCCCUCACUCCUCUCCCAGCAGGCACCCGGCCAGCAGAACAAGGCCGCGCCGUCAUCAUCAUCAUCAGCAGCAGCAGCAGCGCCCGAGGCUGCAUCAUCACCGUCUGCUGCGACAGCGUCGACAUCAGAUCAGCCCAUGGCAAUGGACGGGGAAGGAGGGUCAGGGGAAGCAGGAGCAGGGACAGGAGCAGGAUCAGAAGGAGCAGCAGCAGCAGCAGGGACAGCAUCCGAGGGCGGGUCCAACCCCUCGCCACCCGCGGCACGCACGCCCGUCGACACGGCACCAGCAGUGGCAGCCGGGGAUCCCACGACGCUGCCGCCACCGCCGCCGUACGACCCCAGCUCGCUGGAGCGCAUCACCGUCAAGAUUGCCGACCUGGGCAACGCAUGCUGGGUCGACCACCACUUUACAAAUGACAUCCAGACGCGCCAGUACCGCUGCCCCGAGGUCAUCCUCGGCGCCAAGUGGGGGCCCAGCGCCGACAAUUGGAGCGCCAGCUGCAUGUUCUUUGAGCUUUUGACCGGCGAUUAUCUCUUCGACCCGGCGGCUGGGUCAAAGUACAACAAGGACGACGACCACAUUGCGCAGAUCAUUGAGCUGCUCGGCGACUUCCCCAAGAGCCUCGCCUUUGCGGGCAAGUACAGCGCCGACCUCUUCAACCGGCGCGGCGAACUGCGCCACAUCCACAAGCUCCGCUUCUGGCCCCUCAUCUCUGUUCUCCAGGAAAAGUACCUGAUGCCGUUUGACGAGGCCAGCCGCCUGUCCUCGUUCCUCCUGCCCAUGCUCAAGCUCCACCCGGACAAGCGUUCCGCCGCCAAGGACCUCCUCGAGCACGAGUGGCUCCAGGGCAUCAUUGUCGAGGGCGAGCUGGAGCAGAUGCAGCGCCAGGGCCUCUUUGGCGCCCUCGAUGGCACCCAGCAGGCCGGCGGACCGGGCCAGCAUCAGCUACAGCAGCAGCAGCAGCAGCCGGACCAGGACGCCCUCGAUGCGCUCAAGCCCGUCUCCAACUCUGUCUCGAGCAGCCUCGGCUCGCCCGUGCACCUGAACCCACAGGCGCUGCAAGACGCACAACGGCGCGCCGCCGAGCAC